AUGAAGUUCAUCCUCCCCCUCUUCACUUCUCUCCCUGUAGCCCUCGCCUGGCUCCCGGGCAUCGACAAAGACAUUUACUCCGCCGCAGGCACAAACAUCUUCAAUGUGACAUCUGCCUCCAGCAAACGCUGGCUCCCGGCCUCGAAAAAGAUCCGCGGCGUCAACCUUGGCAGCCACUUUGUCAUCGAGCCGUGGAUGGCCAGCAUGGCAUGGAGCAAUAUGGGCUGCAGUGGGCAACGGUCCGAGUUCGACUGCGUGAUGGCUCUCGGGCAGGAGACUGCCGACCAGGCCUUUGCGGACCACUGGGGGUCCUGGAUCACGCAGGACGAUAUCAACCAGAUGGUACAGUACGGGCUCAACACAAUCCGCAUCCCGGUAGGGUACUGGCUCAAAGAGGAUCUUGUCUACGCGGACUCGGAACACUUCCCAAAAGGAGGGAUAGGGUAUCUUGAGGACGUUUGCGGGUGGGCAAGUGAUGCGGGCAUGUAUAUCAUCAUAGAUCUGCAUGGGGCUCCUGGAGCGCAGCAGCCUAAGCAGCCAUUUACGGGACAGUAUGCCCCUAACCCUGGCUUCUACCAGGACUACCAGUACGACCGGGCGCUGGAGUUCCUCGAGUGGAUGACGACAAGCAUCCACCAAAAUAACAAGUUCCGCAACGUCGGCAUGCUUGAGAUAGUCAACGAGCCUGUCCAGAACGCAGACCAGGCCUCCUCCAUGAUCAACAGCUACUACCCAAGCGCGUUCACUCGCAUCCGCAACACUGAGUCAUCCCUUGGCAUCACCAGCAACAACUACCUGCACAUCCAAAUGAUGAACGAGAAAUGGGGCUCUGGCGAUCCGACCCAAUCCCUGACAGACAAUUACUUCGCCGCGUACGACGACCACCGCUAUGUGAAGUGGGACUCCAGCGUCGCCGUGGAUAAGGAAAGCUAUAUCAGCGCCUCCUGUGUCGACGACCGUGGCGGCAACUGGCCGACCAUCGUGGGCGAGUGGAGUCUCAGCGUUCCUGACAAUGUCGAGCACACUGCAGACUGGGAGCCAUCGUCCAACACGGACUUUUACGCGAGGUGGUUUGCGGCGCAGGCGAUUGCGUAUGAAAAGCAGGAGGGCUGGGUGUUCUGGUCGUGGAAGGCGCAGCUGGGGGACUACAGGUGGUCGUAUAAAGAUGCGGUUGAUGCUGGGGUUAUUCCAAAGGAUCUGGAUAGUAUCUAUGACUACUCGCCCUGCUAA